GAGACCAGUCGAGCGGCGGCCGCCCUGUCGGCUUCACGCGCAGCGCGGCGCUCCACAGUGCCGCCCGCGAGGACGGAGAGAUACGAUCCAGCGCGACGAACCACCACAACCGGAGCACGGGCUCCCGGAGUGAGCUCCGUAAGGAGCUGAGAGAGGAGUGAGGACUGAGAGGACCGUCACCGGACCCACCGUCGCCAUGUCUAUGUACAAGUUCCACACGGGCGGCGACCGACUCUUCAUGUCGGGAGGCCGGCAGACGGACGACUAUAACGCUGUGCGGGAGCGCGAGGAUGUGCCGGAGCUGCAACAGGUGGUCACCUCCCGUCGGAUGGCCUCCGACAUCCACCAGUCAACCAGCGAGAUGCAGCGCUCCGAGAGGCACGGAGGCAUGAAGUCGGUCAGCAUGCGCGUCAUCAAGAAGACGACCACGCUGUCGCACGGCCAGCAGAAGUCCAGGAUGGAGAGUAUGAUGGAACAGCACGAUGGGAGGAUGAUUGUACCUGUGCGCGAGCGGCCGGCCAUCCAGCACUCGUCACAUCUUACCCAGUCGUCCAACUAUCAACAAAGACAGAUAUCGGACAUUGUCGAGGGCGACGACAGCAUCAAUGCCAAGGACGCGCUACUGCGGUGGGCGCAGAGAACCACUGAGCGCUACCCGGGAGUGCGGGUCAACAACUUCACCUCGUCAUGGAGGGACGGGCUCGCCUUCAAUGCCAUCAUCCACAGGAACAGACCUGACCUGGUGGACUGGCGCGAUGUUCAGACCAAGUCUGCGCGCGUCCGGCUGGACCAGGCGUUCCACACUGUUGAGCAGGAGUACGGAGUCACCCGACUGCUCGACCCCGAGGAUGUGGACACUCCUGAACCAGACGAGAAGUCGCUCAUCACCUACGUCAGCUCUCUGUACGACAUUUUCCCGGAGCCGCCGGCGCAGCACCCUCUGUACGACGCUGUGAGUGCCCCAGGAGUCAGCCGGGACCGGCCCGACGGGGCGGCCCAGGCGGCGCUCUCAGACUACAAGGACGGCGCGUCUCGGCUACACCAGUGGAUCCGACAACAGACCGCGCGCAUGAAGGAGCUCACUUUCCCCGCCUCCGUGCCGGAGCUGCGCGAACUGCACGCUCAGAGCAAGGCGUUCAAGACGCGCGACGUACCGCCCAAGCAGCAAGAGAUGACUCGUCUGCUGCGACUCUACCAGGACCUGGAGCGGUCUCACCACGAUCUGGGGAAGAUGGACCUGCCGCCGGAGCAGCACAUCUCCCUGCUGGACCGCAACUGGGGCCUCAUGAUGAAGACCUACCAGGAACGACAUGCACUUAUCGAGGAGGAGAUGACUCGUAUGGAGCGGCUGCAGAGACUGGCCGACAAGAUCCAGCGAGACAUUCGCGCCACAGACCGGCGACUCAACGACAUUCAGCAGACUAUCAAGGACGAGUCCAGGCGCAUCUCCAAGAUGAAGCCCAGAGACGUCAAAAUGCUGUGUGAAAAGAUCGACCUGGACCUGGUCCAAGUGGAGGAGACUAUCAAGGGUCUGUUCUCGGACGUCAACUCGCUGCAGGAAGGGCGGCAUCCGCAGGGACCCGAGCUCUACCACAACGUCCAACAGCUCCACAACAAGUGGAUGUCUGUUCACAACAACAUGCAGGAGAAUCUGCUCGGCCCGCUCAGCAAGCGGAUGAAUGAGGACCCUGACGCCAUGUUCAACCGGCUGAUCAAAACAGACGAGAACUUCCGGUUCCUGCACGAGUGUCUCGAAUGGGUGCGGGAGAAACUGCACUCGAUCCAGGAGGCGGAGUAUGGCCACGACCUGCACUCAUGUCAGCAGGAGCUGGAGACGCACGGAAAGGAGCACAAAAUCAUCGACCAGUUCCAGGUAAACCUGGACCGGUGCGUGGCUGCCAAGAACAACUACGACCACGAGGAGCUGGCCAUGUACAUGAAGAUCCUGAGUCAGCUGCAGAAGACGUACGCCGACCUUCUGUCUACCUCCAACAAGCGGCUGUCGGACCUGAUGAUCCUUCACGACUUCAUCCAGGGCGCGACCAACGAGCUCAUCUGGCUGAACGAGAAGGAGGAGACGGAGGUUCACCGGGACUGGAGCAACCGCAACCAGAACCUGCAGAAGGUGGAGGCGCACUACGAGCACGUCAUGGGCGAACUGGAGCGCCGUGAGCGACAGUUCAACACAAUCCAGGAGCAGGGCGGCUCGCUGGUCGCCCAGAACCACCCGGCCUCCAAGACGGUCGAGGCCUACCUGGCCGCCAUGCAGACCCAGUGGUCGUGGUUACUGCAACUCACUCUCUGUCUGGAGACGCACCUCAAACACGCCCAGGUGGCGCACAAACUCUUCCAGAACGUCGACGAGAUGACACACAUCAUCAAAGAACAAGACGAGCGCCUGAACACGGAGUUCAGUCAGACCGACUUCACGCUGGACGAGGGGGAGCAACUCCUCCGUGACAUGCAGCAGCUUCGUGACGUGAUGGCCGGUCAGGCGGAGGUGAUUCAGGAGCUCGAGGAGCGCGCCCACCAGGUGACGCCGCAGCGCCAGCGCAGGGAGCAUCUGCCCGGACCGAUGCCCGUCUCGGCCAUCUGUAGCUACAAGAGCGCCAAUAUUGUGAUCCAGAAGCAGGACAAGUGCACACUGUUGGACAACUCGAACCGCACCAAGUGGCGGGUCCAGACGCCGAGCGGUCAACAGGGCUCCGUUCCCAGCGUCUGUUUCCUGCUGCCCCCUCCCGACCAGGAGGCCCUGGAGGCCAUCGAGCGGCUGAAACGGCAGUACGAGAUGUCGCUGAUCCUGUGGCAGAGGAAGCAGUUGCGCAUGAGGCAGAACAUGAUCCUGGCCACCAUCAAGGUGGUGAAGAGCUGGGAUCUGCAACAGUUUAUGGCGAUGGGUAAGGACCAGCGGGACGCGAUCCGUCGCGCGCUGAACGAAGACGCCGAGAAGCUGAUUCAGGAGGGCGAUCCGAACGACUCCCAGCUGAGGAGGCUGCGCCGGGAAAUCGACGAGGUCAACCGGCUGUUCGACGAGUUCGAGAGACUCGCCGCCGAAGCGAACCCGACCAACCAGUUCAACACGAAGGUGGCAGCUCUGGAGACAGAGCUGACUCGCGUGGAGUCGGAGUUGGCGGAGAAGUGUGCCGCGCCCAUUCCACGGGACGUGCGAGACGCCCAGCGGCUGGCCAACAAGCACAAGGACUGGGAGAACCGCGUCCAGCGUCACGAGCCCGCUCUGGAUGAGGUCCGCAACAUCUACAACUCGCUGAGCAAGAGGACACCGGCCAUGCAGGACAGGCUCGAGAGGGUCAACACUCAGUGGGAGAGCAUCUGGAAGACGUCCAACGCCUACAUUGACCGUCUGAAGUGUGUGGAGGUCACCGUUGACGGCCUGGAGGAGGCCACUAAUGUGGUCAGCCACCUGGAGGCCAAGAUUGCCGAUUACCGCCAGCUUCCCGACGACCGGGAUGGCCUCAAAUCGGCCCACCUCGGCCUCGUCGACCUGCAGAACAGUCUCCAGAAGAAACAGGGAAUGAUUGAGAAGCUCAACAUUGACGUGGGUAAGACGCGUAAGACGACGGAGCGCACCCGGCCGCGCCAGAGAAACCACCCGGAUGUGGAAGAGCUGGAGGAUGACGUCACCAGGGUGACCAAACAGUGGACGAACUGUUGCGAGAGCGUCGUCGACAGACUGAAGGCGGUGGACCAGGCGGCCGACCUGCUGCGUCAGUACGAGCAGCAGGAGAAGAUGGAGCGUCAGUGGGCCUCCCAGAUGGAGGCCGAGGCGCGCCACAGACAGCAGGAGGAGGAGCGGCUCAGGCAAGCGGUGAUUGACAAGUUCCGCCAGUGUGACGAGUCGAUCGCCGACUUCCUCGACUGGAUGGCCAAGGUGGAGCGCAGGGUGGCCAACCAGGAGCAGGUUCAGGAGGACGUCCCCGCGCUCCGUAACCAGAUCAACGUCGUCAAGGCGAUCAAGGACGAGCUGCAGCAGCAGCAGAGGCCGCUGUUCGCCUCGCUCGAUCAGAUCCAGGACGUGGCUGAGAGAGGUGGCGAUAUCCUCUCCAAGGACGAGCUCAGGCAGCUCAAGGACAACGGUCAGGAGCUAAAACACAGAUACGACACUGUAUCCGACCGGACGGAUCAGCUGCACCGCCGGCUGAACGCCUGUCUGGACGAACUCACCAAGUUCCGUGGCGACAGCGACGCCUUCCAGAGUUGGCUGUCGCGCGCGCAGCGGCAGCUGGCCGACAAGGAGCGUCUCUCGGACCUCAGUCAGCUGAAGGCCAGUGAACAGGACUGCCGCGAGAUGGUGCAUGACGUGGUGGCCCACCAGGCCGACCUGCGCUUCCUCACCGUCGGAGCGCAGAAGUUCAUCGACGAGAGCAAGGAGCACCUCAAGUCGCUGAACGACUUCCGCACAAACCUGCCCCAGAGGCUGGCACACAUCGAGCCCAAAGACCACCAGGUCAAACACGAGGUCACCGAGCUCUCGCAGUCCUACCAAGACCUGCUGGGUCGCGCCAACAAGCUGUCCGACAAGCUCUCCGGCCUGGGCAACCGUCAGCGGGAGUACCAGGAGGCCCUGGAGCGUGCUGGCCGCUUCCUCCGCGAGGUCGAGCCGCAGGUGAAGCGCGUCGUCACCGAGCCAGUGGCGGCCGAGCCCCGAGCCGUCCAGAACCAGCUGGACAACGCCAAGAGCCUCAGUUCCAACAUGCUAUCGCAGGGCAAGCUGCUGGACAACGCGACGGGCACGGCCCAGCAGCUGGUGUCGGCACUGGAGGGGCAGAUCUCCCCGCGACAGGCGGAGGCCAUCACUCGGCCGCCGGAGGAGCUGACUGAUCAGUACCGACGGCUGUCCGCCGCGCUGGUCGACCGGUGUCAGGAGCUGGACAUGGCUCUGGUGCAGUCGCGCGGCGUCCAGGAUGGCCUGGACUCGCUGAUGGCGUGGCUCAGUCAGGCAGAGGCGCGCCUGCAGGCGCUUCAAAAACCAGCCAGUCUGGAUCGUGACCGGCUGGCCGAACAGACUCGCGAACAGCGCGCGCUGCAGGCCGACAUCGCUCAGCACCGACCGGGUGUGGAUCAGAUUCAGCGCUCGGCCCAGCAGUUGCUGCAGACGCCCUCCAACGCACGUAUCGCUAAAAAGAUCGAGGACAGUCUGCGGGACCUCACGGCCCGCUUCCAGAAGCUGGCAGACAAGUGUGACGAGCGUGGACGGCAGCUGGAAGACGUUGCCGCUCAGACAGAGAACUUCCGCAAGCGCGCCGACAAGUUUGAUCGCUGGUUCGUUGAGGUGUUCGAACUGGUCGACGGUCAGGACGUGGGCAAAUUGGGUGCCGACGCGUACACUGCCAAAAUGGAGGAGUUGAGCCGGCGCCGGGACGCAGGGAAGCCGGACUAUGACGCUACGGUGCGCUCUGGAACCGAGCUGGUGUCGCGGAGGGAUGUCACCGACACCAAACCCACCAAGGAUAAGGUCGAGGAGAUCAAGGCUCAGUGGCAGGAGCUGCAGGGCGUCAUGGAGGCGCGUCUCAAGGAGGGUCAGACCCGCUCUGAGUCGAUGAACGCCUUCGAGAAGCUCAAGGACGAGGUUCAGCAGUGGCUGAAGCGGAUGGAGGGCAGGAUUGAGGCCCUCCAGCCGGUAGCCGUCGAUCAGAAACUGCUGAAGGACCAGAGCGAUGAACUGAAGCCGCUGGUCCGCGAGCACACCCAAUACGCCGCCACCAUCGACAAGGUCAACGACCUGGGUAACCAGUACGACCAGCUGGUGCGUGGGGACCGGGCCGAGACACCCUCGCGUCGCCGCUCCUCCGUCACACCGCUGAAGAAGGCCUCGGUGACGUCGCACGGCCGGCGGUCGGUCACACCACUCUCUUCAGUGCGUCGCCCCUCGUACGAUAGGAGUUCCCCAGCGCCCAGCCGCCUGGGUCGCAAAGAGUCGCUCAAUGAUGGGUAUCUCGGGCUGGACGACCAGUCGCCCAUUCAGGCGCAGCUGAACGAGAUCAACCACCGCUACGACAUGGCGGGCACCCGGCUGGCCGACCGGCAGGCGGACAUCGACUCGGUGUCUGCCGAGCUGCGCCGCCACCUGGACACGCUGCGACAGCUGCAGCAGGUGCUGGACCGCGCCGAGCGGCAGCUGCCGCGAGACGCCGUCCCUCAGAGCAGGGAUGAGGCGGACAAGCAGCUGGCCGCCAUCCGCGCUCUGUCUGACGAGCUCUACGAGCGCCAGCCGGCGCUGGACGGUCUGAAGACCCAGGCUGGUGAGCUGCUGCGGCGGCGACCGGGCGCUCCGGGCGCUGACCUCCUGCAGGCCAACCUCACUGAUGUUGUCGACCGCUGGAGCGCGCUGCAGGCGAAGCUGAAGGCGCGUCAGAACCACCUGAAGAACAGCAAGCAGUUCUUCGACACCCACGACCAGCUGAACGGCUGGCUGGCGGCUAAGGAGAAGAUGCUGACGGUGCUGGGACCGCUGAGCUCCGACCCGCGUCUGGUGCAGAUGCAGAGUCAGCAGGUGGCGGUUCUGAGGGACGAGUUUGCCGCUCAGUACCCGACCCUGCAGACGCUGAAUACUGUGGGACAGGCGCUCAUUGAGGAGGCCGAGCCAGACAGUGCCACCGCCAACAAGGUGGGUGACAAACUUCGCAAGACCAACGAUAAGUGGGAGGAGCUGAUCUCCAAGCUGGAGGAUCGCGAGAUGAACUUGGACGCCGCCUCGGGCGCCAGCCACCAGUUCAACGACUCGCUAGGUCGGCUGCAGCGAGACCUGCAGAAGAUUGGCGACGCCUUCGACGACCUGGUCACCGAGCGCGGCGAGCCGCAGCAGAAGCUGAAGAAGCUGAACCAGCUGCAGCACCAGGUGGACGAGCUGCGACCGCGGCUGGCCGAGCUGGAGACUCUGGGCGAGCAGCUCUGCUCCGUGCUCACAGAUCCUUCGGCCAAGACCGAGGUCAAGGACAAGCUGUACCAGCUGGGUCGACAGCAGACGCAGCUGCAGAAGAAGAUGGACAACCUGCGCGCCGAGCUGGAGAACUCGCUGAAGGAAGAUCGUGAGUUUGAGGACGGCUGUGCCGAUGUCCAAGACUGGAUCAAGGACUGUGUGGAUCGCAUGGGCCGACCGCUCAAGGUAUCUGCCGAUGCCGACAAGCUCGCUCGUCAGGUGGCUGAGUACGAGCCUGUCUACAAGACUGUGACAGACCGAGAACACGAGGUGUUCCUGGUACAACGCAAGGGUCAGGAGCUGAUCGCCAAGACCGCCAACAAGCAGGAGGGCAAGACGCUGCAGAAGUUCCUGGACAAGCUGCAGAAGGACUGGGAUGCGGUGAAGAAAGAGGCUGUCGGCAGACACACGCGGCUGCAGACUUGUACAGACCUGUGCCGUCGCUACCACACCAACCUAGAGAAGUUCGCGCCGUGGCUCGACAAGGCUGAGGACCGUAUGGAGCGCAUGCAUCCGGUCAGCUUCCAGAAAGCCGAAAUCCAGAAACAGCAGCGUGAGGUGCAGGCGUUCAAGAACGAUGUCUCGCUGCACUCUGGCGAGCACGAGCAGACCCAGCAGGCGGGCGCAGCUCUACUGGCCGCCACGGAUAUUGACAAGGAGGGCGUGCAAGAUGACCUGCAGCUGCUGGGACAGCGCUGGGAGGCCCUCAACGCGGCCCUGAUCAGUCGGCAGCAGGCUCUGGAUGAUGUCUCGUCCAAGGUUGGCGAGUUCCAGGACCGACUUCGUGACAUGGAGCACGGUCUGCAGCGGUGCGAGGACCGCCUGACCUCGCACGACGCCGUGGGUGGCGGCAGAGACCCGCGCAUGCUCGGCAGACUGAAGGACCUGCUUCAGGAGGCUGACCAGCUGGGACAGCAGCUGGAUCGGCUGCGCUCCACCGCUGACCAGCUGCGCUCCGACGCUCACCAGCUGGGCAGCUCGGCUGAUCACGUACAGGACGACGUGGACCGUGUGGACCGCCGGCUGCGCGACCUCCGCGACAAGCUCGACGACCGACACGCGGAUCUACAGAGCGCCUCUCACGCUGUCAACGAGGUCAACGAGCGCCUCAAGGGCCUCUCACACGAGCUUGGUCUCCUGGAGGAGGAGCUCGAUAACAUGGCACCCGUGGCACGUGAGGUCAUCAUCGUGCAGAAGCAGGUGACCGAGAUCUCUGUCUUCCUGGAGAAGGUCGUUCAGGAGCGUCGCCACCUGGAUGACGCCGACAGAACCGUCGAAGGACUCGUUAAGGAGGGCUUUGCGUCUGACGCCAAGACUCUCCGUGACCAGCUGGGAGGCAUGCGUCGCCAGCUGACAAGAAUGGACGAUCGCGGAAAGGCGCGUGAGCGCGAAGUGACGGUGGUCCUCACCAAGCUGACCACCUUCUACACGAGCUACGAGGUGGUGGUGGAGGACAUCCGCUCCGCCUCGCGAGAAGAGGCUUCGUUCCCUCCGCCGGCCACUGACGUGGAGACGAUCCGCCGCCAGCAGCAGCAGUUCAGAGAGUUCAAGGCAGAGCGGGUGGAGACCCUGACGGCUCACGUAGACAGCUGCAACCGCAGCGGCCAGAGCCUGGUGCAGUCGGCUGCGGCCGGCGUCAACACCAGCAGUCUGGAGGGAGACCUCGAGAAGAUGAACGACCUCUGGAACGAGCUCAAGGAGAGGAUUCACAACCGGGAGCGUGCGCUCGACGUGGGUCUGCUCCAGUCGGGCAAGUUCCGUGAGGCUUUGGAAGGCCUCCUCCAAUGGCUGGCCGACACCGAGGACCUCGUGGCUCACCAGAAGCCGCCCAGCGCCGACUACAAGGUGGUCAAGGCACAGGUGCAGGAGCAGCGCUUCUUGCAGAAGCUGCUGCUCGACCGUCAGGGCUCGGUCAGCUCGUUGUUCGACAUGGGCCGCGAGAUCGCCAAGAACUGCGCGCCGGCCGAGCGGGCGGAGAUCGAGGGACAGCUCCGUGAGCUGACGGAGCGGUUCGAUGCUCUCACCGGUCAGGCCGCCGAGAGGAUGCAGCAGCUCGAGGACGCCAUGAAGGUGGCGAAGGAGUACCAGGAUAAGAACGGUCCUCUGGUCGAGUGGCUGGAGAAAAUGGAAAAGAAGCUCAAGGAUAUGGAGACCAUCCCGACCGACGAGGACAAGAUCCAGCGUCGCAUCAAGGACCACGAUGCGCUUCACCGCGACAUCGUCAAGCGCGGCGGCGACUUCGACGAGCUGGCCAACAUCGCCACCGUGCUGAUGGAGCUGGUAGGAGACGACGAGGCUGCGGCGCUGGCCGACCGUCUGCAGGAGGUCACCGAGCAGUACACCAAGCUGGUGGACGACAGCGAGGCACUCGGACGCCGCCUGCAGGACGCCGGCAAGCAGCUGCGCGCGCUGGUACUCAACUACGAAGACUUCCUGGUGUGGAUGGAUGAGAUGGAGCAGCGGCUCAACAAGUACAAGGUGCUCUCCGUGCACGUUGACCGGCUGCAUGAGCAGAUGGAGGAACUGACGGACCUCAGUGAGGAGGUCGACAACCACAGGGAGCCGGAGCAGGAGCUGCAGGAUAUCGGCGCCGACCUGAUGCGGCACAUCUCCAGCGACGAGGCGCUCCAGCUGAAGGACAAGCUGGACUCGAUCAGCCACCGCUACUCCGACCUGGAGACGAAGGCGGCAGCGCUGCUGAAGAACGCCCAGGAGGUACUACCGCUGGUACACGCGUUCCACAAGGCGCACACGAGCCUCAACGACUGGCUGGUGGAUACGGAGCAGACGCUGCUCGCCGUCGACACGCUGCCUAGCCCCGACGAGACCGUCGAGCACCUCGAACAGCAGGUGCAGGAGUACAAGCCGGUGCUGGACCAGGUGAACCAGGCCGGCCCGCAGCUGUGUCAGAUCUCGCCCGGAGAGGGCGCACAGACCAUCGAGUCGCUGGUGACGCGAGACAACCGUCGCUUCGAGGCCAUCGUCGAACAGGUUCAGCGUAAGGCUGAGCGGCUGCGCCUCACCAAACAGAAGAACAUCGAGAUCGUCGGCGACAUCGACGAGCUCCUAGACUGGUUCAGAGAGGUCGAAACCCAAAUAAAGGAGGCCGAGCCGCCGAGCUCGGAUCCGGAGGUCAUCCGCAUCCAGCUGAAGGAGCACAAGGCGCUCUAUGAUGACGUCAGCAGCCAGAAGGGCCGCGUGCGUGACGUCAUCAGCACUGCUAAGAAACUGAUGCGCGAUGCCGCUCAGUAUGAUGAUGUCACUGAAAUUCGCGAGAAGGUGGAAGACCUGAAGGACACGGUUGACUCGGUGAGCAAGCUGUCCUCGGAUCGCCUGAGCUCGCUGGAGCAGGCACUUCCACUGGCCGAACACUUCUUCGAGACCCACCUGGGCAUCUCGGACUGGCUUGACGAGACUGAAGCGGAGGCUCUGAGGCUGGACAUGCCGGCUCUGCGGCCGGACCAGGUGCAGAGACAGCUGGACCGCAACAAACAGCUACUGCAGAGCAUCCAGGACCACCGGCCGCUAGUGGACAAACUCAACAAGACCGGCGGCGCCCUCGCCAAGCUCUGCAACGACGAAGAAGCGCAGAAGGUCAACGAUAUCAUCGACACAGACAACACGCGCUACAACGCGCUGCGCACCUCCCUGCGCGAGCGUCAGCAGGCGCUGGAGGAGGCGCUGCAGGAGUGCUCCCAGUUCGCCGACAAGCUGGACGGCAUGCUGUCGGCGCUGAAGGACACGGCUGAUCAGGUGGACCGCGCUGAGCCCAUCUCGGCCCACCCGGACCGCAUCCACGACCAGAUGGCCGAGAAUAACGCCAUCAUCGACGAUCUGGAUAAGAGAGAAGUGGCCUUUGAGGCGGUCAAACGCGCCGCCAACGAUGUCAUCAGCAAGGCCGGCGACGGCGACCCAGCUGUCAAAGACAUCAAGAAGAAGCUCGGUAACCUCACCAAGCUGUGGGAUCACCUGCAGAAGGCCACGGAUGACCGCGGCCGCUCGCUGGAAGACGCUCUGGCUAUCUCUGAGCGCUUCUGGUCAGAGCUGCAGGGUGUGAUGCGCGCACUCAAGGAUCUUCAGGAGGCCCUGGGCAACCAGGAGCCGCCGGCUAUCCAGCCAUCAGCCAUCAAGGAACAGCAGAAGGAGCUCCAGGAGAUCCGUCAGGGUAUCGAGCAGACCAAACCCGAGGUGGAGAAGGUGCGUCGCAGCGGACAGGACUUGAUGAAGGUGUGCGGCGCGCCCGAGAAGCCUGAGGUGAAGAAGAACCUGGCUGACCUGGACUCUGCCUGGGAUAACAUCACGGCCCUGUACGCCCGCCGCGAGGAGAACCUGAUCGACGCCAUGGAGAAGGCCAUGGAGUUCCACGACACGUUGCAGUACCUGGUCGAGUUCCUGGAGGACGCCGAGGAGAGACUGGAAAAGCUCGGACCGGUCGGCUCCGACAUCGACGCCGUGAAGAAACAGAUCAAGCAGCUCAUGGACUUCAAGGGCAAGGUCGAUCCCCAAAUGGUCAAGGUGGAAGCCCUCAACAGAAGCAUCAGAAGACAAGCCCAGGAGUUGAUGGAGCGCACGUCGCCGGAUCAGGCGGCCGCGCUCAAACAGCCCCUGGCCGACAUCAACACUCGCUGGGACGAGCUUCUCAAAGGCAUCGUGGAGCGUCAGCGCGAGCUGGACCAUGCUCUGCUGCGUCUCGGCCAGUUCCAGCACGCGCUGGACGAGCUCCUUGUCUGGAUCGGACGCACCGACAAGACGCUGGACGGCCUGAGGCCGGUGCUUGGCGAUCCGCAGGUGAUCGAGGUCGAGCUUGCCAAGCUGAAGGUGACGAUGAACGACAUCCAGGCUCACCAGACGUCUGUCGACACCCUAAACGACGCCGGCAGGCAACUGAUCGAGGAUGACCGCGACUCGGCUGACGCCAGCGCUACGCACCGCAAGCUCAACCAGCUCAACGACCGCUGGGGCGAGCUGCAGGACAAGGCGACCGGCAAACAGCGCGAGCUCGAGAACGCACUUCGCGACGCGCAGGACUUCAUGAACGAGAUCCAGGACCUGCUGUUCUGGCUGAAUGAUCUUGAUGGCGCACUGACCACCAGCAAGCCGGUGGGAGGUCUGCCGGAGACGGCCAAGGAGCAGCUGGAUCGCUUCAUGGAGCUGUACGGAGAGCUAGAGCAUAAUCGAUCUAAAGUGGAAGCGGUGCUGCAGCGCGGAGACACGUUCCUCGGCAAGUCCAAGGAGGGCGCCAGCACCAACCUGAAGCACAACCUCAAGACGCUGAAGCAGCGCUGGGAGCACGUCACCAACCGCGCCAACGACAAGAAGAUCAAGCUGGAGAUCGCGCUGAAGGAGGCCACAGAGUUCCAGGAAGCGCUCCAGGAGUUCGUGGACUGGCUGACUGGUGCCGAGGGUGUCCUCGGCAACCUCCAGCCGGUCUCUCGCGUCAUGGACAACAUCAUCACCCAGAUCGACGAGCACAAGGACUUCCAAAAGGAGGUCAGCUCGCACCGCGAGACCAUGCUCAACUUGGACAAGAAGGGCACCCAGCUCAAGUACUUCUCCCAGAAGCAGGACGUCAUCCUCAUCAAGAACAUGCUGGUGUCCGUGCAGCAUCGCUGGGAGCGCGUGGUUUCCAAGUCUGCCGACCGAACCCGUGCGCUGGACGUUGGUUACAAGGAGGCUAAGGAGUUCCACGACGCUUGGGCUGACCUCUGCGGCUGGAUGGAUGAUGCGCUGAAGGCUCUGGACAGUGCCGACGCGUCCAUGGGCAACAACCCGGCCAAGAUCCGCGCCCUGCUGGACAAGCACCGCGAGUUCCAGCGGGCGCUGGGUGGCAAACAGACCGCCUACGACAACGUCAUCAAGAUGGGCCGCGCGCUCAUCAAGGACAAGGCGCCCAAGACCGAGGAGCCCAUCAUCCGGGACAUGCUCAACGAGCUUAAGGACAAGUGGAACGAUUGCUGCAACCGGUCGGUGGCGCGCCAGCGGAAGCUGGAGGAGGCUCUCCUGUUCAGCGGCCAGUUCAAGGAGGCGCUGGAGGCGCUGCUGGACUGGCUGAAGAAGCAGCAGGCCGGCCUGGACGACACGGCGCCGGUGCACGGCGACCUGGACACGGUCACGGCACUCUGCGAGCAGCACAAGUCGUUCGAGGCGCAGCUCAAGGACCGGGAGAAGCAGGUGGAGUCGGUCCAGAAGACCGCCGACGAACUCAUCAGCAAGGCCGAUAAGAAGGACGCCGCCGUCAUCAAAACUCAGGUGACGGAGCUAACCACGGCCUGGACGCAAGUGGUGCGCUCGUCAGACCAGCGCGGCCGCCGGCUCAAGGACGCGCUCCGAGACGCCGAGGAGCUGCACAAGGCGGUGCACAUGCUGCUCGAGUGGCUGUCCGACGCCGAGAUGCGGCUGCGCUUCGUCGGCGCGCUGCCCGUCGGCGAGGAGGAGGCUCAGCAGCAGGUGCGCGAGCACGCCAAGUUCCAGCAAGAGCUGGCCGCCAAGGAGGGUGAGAAGGACAACACGCUGCGACUGGCGGCCGAGAUCCUCGAGAAGGCGCACCCGGACGCCGUACCGGUCAUCAAACACUGGCAGACCAUCAUCGAGUCGCGCUGGGACGAAGUGAGCAGCUGGGCGCUGCAGCGGCAGGAGCGGCUCGCCGAGCACCUGGCCGGUCUGAAGGACCUUCAGCAGCUGCUGGACGAGCUGCUGCAGUGGGUGCAGCAGCGCGAGCGGCGCAUGGUGGAGCUGGAGCCGAUCCCCAUCCCGGACGAGCUGCCCGUGGUCGAGCAGCUGAUCCAGGAGCACCAGGCGUUCAUGGAGGACCUGCAGUCGCGACAGGCGGAUGUGGAUGGCAUCUGCAAACCCAAGCACAAGCCGCCAAUGAGGAAGGGAUCCAGAGCCAAGAGUCCGACGCCAGCGUACAUGGAGUUCCUUCGUCGCCCAAGCCAAAUCACUCCGGAUCGCGAGGGAAUUCCGGGGCGAAGAAGCCGGUACAGUCCCGACAGAGAAAUAUCGCCCAGUCGCGGCUAUGCCAGGCCGUGGCUGAACGCUGCCAGGGCCGGCAGUCCCGGUCGGGAGACCACCCCCGAGUCGAGCUGGCCGCGCAUCGGACCCGUGUUCCCCGGCGGCCCGUACCCGCCCGGCAGUCGGCGGCCCAGUCGUCAGAGCAUCAGCGAGCCGGCGCCCAAGAACCCCCAGCAGCGCCAGCUGUGGGACACCUGGAGAAACACCUGGAUGCUGGCCUGGGAGCGCCAGAAGCGGCUCCAGGACAAGCACAACUACGCCAAAGAGCUGGACAGCCUGCGCAACUUCGACUUCGACGAAUGGCGCAAGAGGUUUAUGAAGUACGCCAACUCGAAAAAGAUGCGCAUCACGGACCUAUUCCGACGGAUGGACGUCGACAACGAUGGAUUCGUCACAAAGGAGGAAUUCAGCGAGGGAAUCAUGCGAACACAUUUCCCGACCUCGAUGAUGGAGAUGCAGCUCGUAGCCGAUAAGGUCGACCGCAAUUCGGACGGUCUAAUCGACUACAACGAGUUCAUGGCGGCCCUGCGGCCCGACUGGGAGAAAAACCGGCCACUCACCGAAGCCGAAAAGAUCGACGACGAAGUGAAGAAGGCCUGCAGCGCGUGCAAUUGUCGGCAAAAGUUCAAGGUCUUCCAAGUCGGCGAGGGCAAAUACCGGUUCGGUGACAGCCAGAAGCUGCGUCUGGUCCGCAUUCUCCGUUCCACCGUCAUGGUUCGUGUCGGCGGCGGCUGGGAGGCACUGGACGAGUUCCUCGUCAAAAACGACCCCUGCAGAGCCAAGGGACGCACCAACGUCGAGCUGCGAGAACAGUUCAUCCUGGCGCCGGGCGUCUCGCAGUCGCUGGCGCCGUUCAAGUCCAAGGCGGGCAGUCCGUCUCCUCGCUCAGUGUCAGUACCGACGGCCGGUCCCAUCACCAAGGUCCGUGAGAAGACGGGCCGCAGUAUCCCGCUGUCGCGCGCCUCCCUCUCCGGCCCGCCGAUGGCCUCCGGUGAGCAGUUCGGCUCCCAGGAGGGUUUCCGACUCCGUAAGGGCAGCACACCUCUGCGCAGCUCGCAGGGCGGCAGUCGGCCGGCGAGCCGGGCUGGCUCGGAGGCUAGCCUGGACUCUGUGGACGGCGGUCGGCCCAGCUACCGGCCCGGCUCCGGAACACCGGCCCACUCGGGACGGCAGAGGAAGACCUCGGGGACUACCACCGGCCGAGGAUCAACGGCGGCUCACAACGGUACCUCCAACGGCGCUGAGGGCACUCCCAGCAGGAGCAAGGUACCGCGGCGACCCGCCUCCGCUGCGUCCCUGACACCAGGUGGCUCCAGCUCAAGGAGCUCCACGCCGCAGGGACGCCGGCCUGUCUACAGAACGUCCUCGACACAGAGCAUCCCGGCCUCGCUGAGUGCCACGCCGACUAACCGUAACCCUGUCAGCGCGGUGGGUGGUCGACUCAGUCGGACCAAGGCGGCCUCACAGACCAACCUCAGCUCGCCCUCGGCGGGCGCGGGUGCGUUCGGAACGCCCAACGGCAGGGGCGUGGCCCAGCCCGUGCUACGGUUGGUCAAGCCUGGCACUAGUGGUUCUCAGAUUCCUGUGUCAAUGAAGAGGGAACGAUCGGCCUCCAAGAUCCAGCGGAGGUCGUCAGCGGCCAGCGACACGGCGCGGGGACAGGCCAGAAAACCGCUGUGGCACUGACCUACCGUGACACGCGCCGAGCGCGCACUUCGAGAAGGGACCACACAGCAACACACACACAUACACACGGCGCGUCCGGACGACUCCGGCAGCGCGGCGGCAUAAUGGCUCGGACUAACACGGCCCAGCGCACCUCUAACUGUCUUUCUGUCGAGUGGGCGCGCGACACGGCGCGCCCGUGCCGUUAUUUUUACUUACUGAGGGCAGCGGGCGCAACGCAAGACGUGCAGGGCACUACCAGACACUAGCCGAGCAGACUAACCGUAGCUGCCCGGUGUGCACUGACGUGUACGGGUUUUCUAAUGUUUUGUACGGGCCGUGGCGCAGCUCGCCCCGGCCGGCGAGAUACCGUAGCACCGUCCAGAGCGAUGUGAUUGGCGGAGCGCCGCGAUAGCCCGCUGUGAUUGGCUGCUGUUGCCCGUGACGUAAGGCAGCUAACGGCGUACGAGUGGAUGUGGUGUGAGUGAUGUGUGGAUGAAAGUAUAUGCGAUUGGUGGGGAUCGAACCCACGUUAUUGUAGCGUGAGAAAGUGUUGGUCGCGCUAAUGUGACCGUAACGUUCUAAUCAAAUGAUGUAUAUGUAACAUGUGCGAUGUCCAGUGAACCGCUUGAAAUAAACCGUUUGACCAAGA